AUGACGCAUCGGGCCAAAAUGUUUCCAAUUAUGGCAAUCGAGCACGCAGGCUGCAGGGCAUCAGGACGACAUUACAGAUUACUAUUGACAGGGAAAGUUGGGAGCGACUGGGACCAGCUCAGCGCCAAGUCAGCCAUAAAAUACAGCACAAGAGCAAGAAGAAUAUCGAAAGAUAACAAUAUAUUUGUGUUGAAAGUGGAGAGUAAAACCUCCGCACUGGUGGCGAGAAGCUCCAGCGCAAAAGAGGGAAAGCAAAGACCUGGGGAUAGUUCUUGCAUUAAUGCUUUAUACUUGCGCUUACGAGGACUUGCAUGGUAUAUUUUGCUGCAAUGA